AUCCAUCUCUCUCCUAUCUUCCACUUCUAGUAUAUAUUAUUCUUUUGUCUCUUUAAUAGAAAAACAAGCCCCUUUCAAAUCGACUGUUGCAUUUGUGGUGGUUUAUGCAAAAUCGAAGGCGGGUUUAGGGUUAAGCCGAUGGUCCUGAUGGAAGGGAGGCGUAAGAUCACUGAGCUUAUGCUGCUGCUGCUACUGCUGCUGAUUGGUUGCUCUGCUUCUCAGAUCCAAGCUUCUUCUGAAAACGAACCCGAUGCGAUCUUCUACGAGCCAUUUUCUGAGUCAUUUGAAGGUCGCUGGAUCGUUUCUUCCAAGGAUGAGUACAAAGGUGUGUGGAAACUGUCCAAGAGUGAGGGACAUGAUGAUUAUGGUCUUUUGGUCAGUGAGAAGGCGAGGAAGUAUGCUGUAGUUAAAGACCUGGGUAAGGCUGUGAGCCUUAAGGAUGGAACCAUUGUCCUGCAGUUUGAGGUUAGGUUCCAGAAUGGGCUUGAAUGUGGCGGUGCUUACUUGAAAUACCUCCGGCCCCAGGAGGCUGGAUGGAAACCAGAGGAAUUUGACAACGAUUCUCCCUACUCCAUUAUGUUUGGACCUGACAAAUGUGGCUCCACAAACAAGGUUCAUUUCAUCUUUAAGCACAAGAACCCCAAGAGUGGAGAGUAUGUUGAGCACCAUCUCAAGGAACCUCCAUCUGUGCCCUCUGACAAACUCUCUCAUGUCUACACUGCAAUACUGAAACCUAACAACGAAGUUAGCAUUUUAAUAGAUGGGGAGGAGAAGAAGAAGGCAAAUUUCCUUUCAGCUAAAUAUUUCGAGCCUGCCUUAAUUCCAGCCAAGACAAUUCCUGACCCAGAUGAUAAGAAGCCAGAGGACUGGGAUGAGCGGGCAAAGAUUCCAGAUCCACAUGCUGUGAAGCCAGAUGAUUGGGAUGAGGAUGCACCAAUGGAAAUUGAAGAUGAUGAUGCUGUAAAACCUGAAGGGUGGUUGGAUGAUGAGCCUGAAGAGAUUGAUGACCCUGAAGCUACAAAGCCAGAAGAUUGGGACGAUGAAGAGGAUGGUGUAUGGGAACCAACAAAAACAGAUAACCCCAAGUGUUCGUUGGCACCUGGUUGUGGAGAAUGGAAGAAGCCAAUGAAGAUGAAUCCUGCUUAUAAAGGAAAAUGGAGCCUUCCUCUUAUUGACAACCCCAGUUACAAGGGUAUUUGGAAACCUCAAGAAAUUCCAAACCCUAGCUACUUUGAGACUGAGAAGCCUGACUUUGAGGCCAUCGCUGCUAUUGGCAUUGAGAUCUGGACAAUGCAGGAUGGCAUAUUGUUUGACAAUAUUCUCAUAGCUGAUGAUGAGAAGGCUGCUGAAUCUUACAGGCUAACAACAUGGAAGCCGAAGUUUGAAAAUGAGAAAGAGAAACAGAAGGCUGAGGAAGAAGCUGCUGGUCUUUCAGACGGACUCUCAGGCUUCCAGAAGAAAAUAUUUGACCUUCUCUACAAAAUAGUGGACGUUCCUUUCUUGGAUGCAUACAAACCCAAGAUCAUUGACCUAAUUGAGAAGGGAGAAAAACAGCCGAAUAUUACAAUUGGUAUCAUUGUAUCCAUCGUGGUUGUUCUUUUGACAGUUGUCUUUAAAAUCCUUUUUGGUGGCCAAAAACCCAAGGUCACUGUUCCUGAAACGGAUAGGCCUGCAGCUGCAGAGACUUCCAACACUCAAGGAAGCAGUGAGGAGAAGGAAGAUGAGAGUGAGAAGGAAGAUGCUGCUGCUCCUCCCCGCAGGCGGCCUACCAGAAGGGAAACUUAAAGUAGUAUGUGCUUGUUAUGUAUGCAAAAUUUUGAGAUAGAACCUAAAUGGCUGGAUCUGUUACUAGUUCGUUUCCAGAAUUUUCUUUUCUACUUCUUAUCAGAACACUUGCAUGAGUAUGGAUUGGCUAUACUCGCAUUUUGCUGAUCGUUAUUUUACUUUUUCUAAUGUGUUCUGUUGGAGGUAGAUGUUGUUCCACUAUAUUACAGUUGUACCCCCAAUUUAGCCCCCCUAGUCUUCGUUAUAAGUUAUGGAAUGCUUUGUGUUUCUGA